AUGACUUCAUUACCGUCCAACGUCCACGUCUCCACACACCCGUGUGUCCAGGCUAAGCUCUCGCAGCUGCGCUCCGCCAGCGCCAGCCCGCGCGAAGUCAAGGCGCUUAUCCAUGAGAUCUCGACAAUAGUCGGCGUCGAGGCGCUCGCAACCGGCUUGACUACCACUUCCGCAGGAACCGACCAGAACCCGCUCGGAUACAGCUUCCCUGUCUCGACCAUCGCGCCCUCGCGCAUCUCCCUCGUGCCCAUCCUCCGCUCGGGACUGGGCAUGACCGACGCCCUGCUCUCCGUCCUGCCCACGCCCACGCCCGUCCACCACCUGGGUCUGUACCGCGAGAAGACGACGUUGCAGCCGGUCGAGUACUACAACAACCUGCCCUAUCACAAGCCCACCGCCUCCAACCCCUCCGCCUCGGCCGGCCCGUCCGACCUCGCCAUCAUCGUCGACCCCGUCAUCGCCACCGGCGCCACCGCCUGCGCCGCCAUCGACACCCUCAGGGACUGGGGUGUCAAGAAGGUCAUCGUCUGCGCCGUUAUUGCUAGCGAAGACGGCUUGCGCAAGGCCGCCGAGAUGUGGCCCGAGGGUGUCGAGGUCUUCGUCGGUGGUUGCGAUAAGGAGACGGAUGAUAAGGGCAUGAUUAAGCCUGGUUUGGGCGACGUCGGUGAUAGACUGUUCUUGACCAUCGGCAAAUAA